AUGAUACUGUCUACCAAGUUCUCCACUCGCUUUGCGCCCCUUCUGAACUUUCGUCACUGCUCUCGCCCCCACGCCACCUGCGUCCAAGACACGCCUGUUGACCAAGUCGAUCUUGAUCUGAUCCAACACCAGCUCAACCUAAAAUCUCCUGUCGAUACCCUUCGAUGUCUUCUCUUGAAUGAUACCCGUCCGCUAUUUCGACAGAUGCACUUGCGCUCUGUCGUCAAGGAUUCCUUAAAAGUUGACUUUCCUAUCAAUGGUCAGAUGCUCAAUCAUGCAGAAUUUCGUGAAUACAUGGCUGUGAAGCAGGGACCCAAGUUUCGCCGACGACUCAUGAGAGAGCAACUGUUGAGGUGUCAAACCACUCAAGACCUUAUGCGAGUUCUCGCUGUAGCCUUACAGCGCAAAGAAACCACUCGGGACUUAGUAGAUAUGGACCUUUGCAUUGUCCGAGCUCUUUACCGCGCCAGAGAUACCACAACCGAUCUUAAGGUUUUCGGUGCCAUCAGCACAAUCAUCUCACGUUUCCGUAGGGAGAACCUGCCUCUCACACGAUACCUCUUGGCUGUCGGUAUCAAAUUCGCUGCUCGGGCGCGUAGUCUGCCUGGCAUGAAGAGGUAUCUAAAGCUGCACAAGGAACUGGGCUUCCCCAUUGCAAAAACCUUGUUCAGAGCCAUCAUCGCAAAGUUCAGUGUCGGAGUUCACGGAUAUGGUGAAAUUCGUAACGGAAGAUGGUCACGUCGUGAUCUGCUACAAGUUCUUCUUGGCUUCGAGGACACCGUUCCGGAGGACGAACAUCAUCUGGGCCUGUUUCUCGACAGAACCGAAUGGACUCAGUUGUAUGGAUGGCUCGUUGUCUUGUCCCGUUGCAAGGCAUCCGAUGAGCUCUGGAAAGAGUGGUUGCUGUGGCAGGACAAUCCCCUACGGCUUGAAACAGGCAAAGUGGCGUCUCAGUUCAGCGAAAACAAGCUCAGAGGUGAUUACUCGUUCAUUGAGAUGAUGGCCGAUGCGGGAGACACCCGUCGAGCCUGGAAUAUGCUCGGCGAAAGUAAAAUCCCCUUCAAGGAUUGUCGAACUCGGCUGAGGCGAACCCUACUUCGCGAUAUUCAGCAUGCAACUGUUUGGGACGACCAAAUGCCUGUUGAUUUGCUCGCACAAUAUGACUUCGAGUUGAAGAAGGUGGAGAAUGCAUUAGGCAUGGAGUGGAUCAGCCUUGGUGACGACCAGGGCUACCACAAGCCAACAGACACAAUGCACCAGUCUCUCGAAGCACUCUCGUCGCCUUACUUCAAGAUGGAGCCAGACUUUGGUUAUCCUCACGACCUCAGUACAGAAGAGGAUGAAAUGAUGUUGCAUGUCGAAGACAUGUCGAUCUAUCAUCCGACAUCUGCUCGCAAAUCCAAGAAGAGCAGCAACGACACAACCUCCUAA